AUCAUAUUGAGAAUUUGUUUUCAGAUAAUUGCAAUUCAUGCUCUUAUGCUUUGGUGUUCUUGUGUUGAUUUUGCAGGUACACUUGCAUAAAAAUAAGAACCUUUUCUCCCUUGCAAGAAAUGAAAAUCCAGGAGGAUUGGAGUAACAGAUGUUUACCUGCAAAGGAAGGAAGGAGCAAUAGAAUUUAAGAAGAGCAUUCACUACCAAUGGAGCCUACACCACCAAUAAAGGAAAGUUGAUUUUCAGAUUCAAACAGUGAAAGUGAAAGACACAAGAGAAGCAAUUUAAAGAGUUUGUAUAUUUAGUUUUGGAGACAAUGAAAUGAACCACAAAAUAAGCAAAUAAAGAGGUGAAAGCUUCCACCAUUACCAGAUGUAGCAGUACAGAGGGCUGCAUGUUUGAUUGCAGUUUAAGAAAUUAUACGACUCAGAGAUAGAGAGAGUCCUUGCUCAUUGUACCAAAAAAAAAAAGAGAGAGUCCUUGCUCAACGACUCAACUGAAUGGCCACCGCGCUCCACAACUCCCCGGCUUUCGUCGACGAUCCUCUCUUGCCCUUUCUCUGGUCAAUCAAAAAAGCCUUAGAAGAUUCCACGCACAAUCUCACCAAGUUACUCUCAUAUUGCAUCAACAAAUUCAAGGACAAUCACCGCUACCGAAAUGAUCCCAGAUUUCUCAAGAUCUGGUUCCUCUAUAUGGAUGCUAGUGCUGAUUUUGACUGUGUUUUCAAACAACUGCUGGAUAGUGAUGUAUGUGCCAACGAUGCUUCACUUUAUGUGUAUGCUGCAUGUUUUUUUGAAGCAAAGGGUAGAUUGCGCGAUGCCCAAAUCAUCUAUAAGCUCGGCAUUUCCAGAAAUGCAGAGCCAAUUAAGUGGUUGGAAAAGGCGUAUACCUUAUUUCUCAGUAGAUUAUCCGAAAUAUGUAAUGCUGCUUCAAGCCAGAAGGCUGAUUAUAAAGAAUCUGCUACAUUGCAAAAUGAUGGCAUUAUUCCAUGGGACACCUCUACUCUGAAUGACCUUUUGAAGAAGAUAAAUCCUUUAAUUGUGAAAUUUGACGGGUAUCGUUCGAGCACUAAACCUUAUACAGGAAAAGUGGCCUUAUCCACUUUGAAGAAUGCAUCAAGGAAUAAAGUUAUAGAAAUAGGUGGAAUGAAGUACCAUAUCAAGGGCUGUGCAGGACAGGGUGGUUUUGCUCAAGUAUACAAGGCAAAUGUCAACAAUGACCCUGAUGAUGUUGUGGCACUAAAGAUACAAAAGCCAGCUUUCCCUUGGGAAUUUUACAUGUAUCGUCAGCUUGAUCAGCGCAUCUCUGGCAGAGAAAGGUCAAGUUAUGGUUUCGCUCAUAAAAUUCAUCUCUAUUCUGACUGUAGCAUACUCGUUUGUGACUAUUUAGCUAAUGGGACAUUACAGGAUGUCAUCAACUCAUAUUUGGUCAUAGGAAAAUCCAUGGAAGAAGUAUUGUGCAUGUAUUACACAACAGAAAUGUUGCACAUGAUUGACACUUUGCAUGAUGUUGGCUUGAUUCAUGGUGAUUUCAAGCCUGAUAAUCUGCUUAUAUGCUAUUCUAGGGGUAACCUCACGGAAGAAGGGUUCUUAGACCGAAGCGGUUCUUGGGGUGAUCAGGGUCUUUGCCUUGUUGACUGGGGAAGAGGGAUUGAUCUUCAUCUCUUUCCAGAUCACACAAUAUUUAAAGGUGAUUGUAGAACUUCUGGUUUUCGGUGCAUUGAGAUGCAGGAGGACAAGCCAUGGAAAUUUCAGGUAGAUGCGUAUGGCCUUUGUGGUGUUGUCCAUACAAUGCUGCAUAAUUGCUAUAUGGAAAUUGUUAAGAAAGAAUCAUCUGAUGGGGGCUCUGUGUACCUUCCCAAACUACCCUUUAAACGUUACUGGAACGCCGACCUCUGGAAGACUUUCUUCACUAAGAUGCUAAAUAACUACCCCUGCCAUGAUGAUAGGAAGUUGCUGCAGGAAUUGAAGAAGUCCUUCCAGGACUAUAUGGUCUCUGAUCCUCAAUGUAUAAAGAAACUCAAGGAGUUACUCGCGAAGCAAAGGGCUUCUCUGUGUUCUGCUUAGUGACAAUGCAAGCAGUCAAAGACAGACUACGAAGGGCGUGCAACUUGCAAGUGUAUUUAACCUUGAAUUUUAUUGGGUUAAAGAUUACAAUACUUUAAAGUGAAGCAAGGAUAGAUCAUCCUUAUUUGUUCACUUUAGAAACAAACCAACGUGUAAAGAGUUAUUUUCUUUAAUGGCUAUGCAUUAGCAUAAGGGUCUGGAAUAUAAGUUUUUCAAUGGUGUAAAUGUGUAAAUGACAGUGCGUUGUAAUUUGUAAGCAAGUAUGACUGUUUAGUUCCACCAAAAGGACUUUUCAUGUACAUGAAGUCAUGACUCAUGAACGAAUUCAGCAAAUCAAAGAUAAAAAAAAUAAAAAAAUAACUUCCUGA